UUAGGCUUUCCCAACACCACAGAUGGGAGCAAAUAUUACAGGUUUGCAUCCUUCUCUUACAUUACCUUAUAUAUUAACAGGAAAGGAGUCUCAUUUGUGAUGCUGGGGCCAACUUACAACCACACAAUGGACACCCCUGCCACAUUCUUCCUCGCAGGUAUUCCAGGAUUGCAGUCUUCCCAUCUCUGGCUGGCUAUCUCACUGAGUGCCAUGUACACCAUAGCGCUGACAGGAAAUACCCUCAUCAUAACUGUAAUCUGGGUGGAUUCCACUCUACAAGAGCCCAUGUAUGGCUUCCUGUGUGUUCUGGCUGCUGUGGAUAUUGUUAUGGCCUCAUCUGUGGUACCCAAGAUGGUGAGCAUCUUCUGCUCAGGAGACAGUUCCAUCAGCUUUAAUGCUUGUUUCACUCAGAUGUAUUUUGUCCAUGCAGCCACAGCUAUGGAGACAGGUCUGCUGCUGGCCAUGGCUUUUGACCGCUAUGUAGCCAUCUGCAAGCCCCUACACUACAGAAUAAUUCUCACACCCCAAGUGACUCUAGGAAUGAGUGUGACCAUCACCAUCAGAGCUGUGACAUUCAUGACACCACUGAGUUGGAUAGUGACCCAUCUACCUUUCUGCGGCUCCAAUGUGGUUCUCCAUUCCUACUGUGAGCACAUGGCUGUGGCCAAGUUAGCAUGUGCUGACCCCAUGCCCAGCAGUCUCUACAGUCUGGUUGGUUCCUCCAUUAUGGUAGGCUCUGAUGUGGUCUUCAUUGCUGCCUCCUAUAUUUUGAUUCUCAGGGCAGUAUUUGGUCUCUCCUCAAGAAAUGCUCAGUUGAAAGCAUUAAGCACAUGUGGCUCCCACAUGGGAGUUAUGGCUCUGUACUAUUUACCUGGGAUGGUAUCCAUCUAUGUAGCCUGGCUAGGACAGGAUGUAGUGCCCUUGCACACCCAGGUGCUGUUAGCUGACUUGUACCUGGUCAUCCCACCUACCUUAAACCCCAUUAUCUAUGGCAUGAGGAUCAAACAAGUGCGGGAGAGAAUAUGGAGUUUGCUGAUGCACUGGCUCUUUGGCCACUCCAACCUGGGUUCAUGAAAACACAACCUCUCUUCAGACC